AUGGCCCGCGGGGCCCCGUUGGGACUGGUGCUCCGGGGACACUGUGAGGCUCCCAGGGACGAGAGCACAGGCUGGCCAGUGGUAUACCCAGCCAGUGUGCCCGGUGGGCGCUACACUGCCCGAGCCAGGCCGGCGGUCCGCACAAUUGAGCAGAUCCUGAGCUCCUGUGGGAUGUCCGACUUCUUGGAGGAGUUCCCGGGUGAGGGCCGGGAGUGCGUCAACUGCGGGGCCCUGUCCACGCCGCUGUGGCGCCGCGACGGCACCGGCCACUACCUGUGCAACGCCUGCGGCCUCUAUCACAAGAUGAACGGCGUCAACAGGCCGCUAGUGCGGCCCCAGAAGCGGCUGUCCUCCUCCCGCCGCAGUGGCCUCUGCUGCUCCAACUGCCACACGGCCACCACCACGCUCUGGCGGCGCAACGCGGAGGGUGAGCCGGUGUGCAACGCCUGCGGCCUCUACAUGAAGCUGCACGGGGUGCCACGGCCACUGGCAAUGAAAAAAGAAAGUAUCCAGACACGGAAACGGAAGCCCAAGAACACAGCCAAGACCAAGGGCUCCCCAGGAUCCACAGCGAACAUGACAGCUCCCCCGCCUGCCGUCCCCAGCACAGACAGCUCAGCCGCCACUUUGAAAACAGAGGCCAGCCUGGCGUCCCCCACGUGUUCCGGGCCCAGCAUGACCUCCCAGGCAUCCGGCCAGGUGGAUGACCCCCUGGCCCCCAGCCACCUGGAGUUCAAGUUUGAGCCCGAGGACUUUGCCUUCCCAUCCACAGCCCUGGGCCCUCAGGACGGCCUUGGAGGGGCCCCGCGCCAGGACGCCUGGUGUGCACUGGCCUUGGCCUAGGACCCCCUCAAACUAGCACUGGUGCAGCGUCCCCAGAACAGCCCACAUCCACCCCUGCACCUGCCUCACUCCAGCACGGCAGAGACGACCAGGCCCAUGGGAGAGCCGACCUCCCAAAGGAGCCACAAGUUCCACAGCGUGGCACUUUGUGAACUGACCAGAGCAAGAAGAUGGCUGGGGAAAGGUCUUGCGGCCCACAUGCACAGCUAGGGGCUCCCUAAGCCCUGCAGAAGCCUCUCUGCUGCCCUCAACCACCUGAACUCUUGCUCCCGCUCACCAUCCACACCAUUCCAGGUUGUGGUAGGUGUCCAAGCAAAACAAAACCCGAGGCAAGGAAGGCAGCAAGGUGAGGGGCGAACACAGGCCUCCCCGGACCCCAAGGUCCCCACAUUGGCUGGAGGGAGCCAUGGUGCAGAGCGCUGCUCCUUCGAAGGGCACAGGAGGGCCAGGCAUGUGUGCAGGUUGCACACUGAACUGACACCACCCUCAAGGGAACGCCGUCCACCUUGCAAUCAUCAUGAACUUGUGUAUUUAUUUCGAUGUUUAUUCCAGAGAAGGCCAUGAAGGGCCUUGUUCUGAUAGAACCCUUUUGCCGUGACCAUUGCUGGCAGGUAGCAGAAAGCGUCUGCAGGCCUUGUUGAGCCCCACGCAGAGUUUGGGGGUUGCAGUGGAGGUGGCAGGGCCUCAGAGCUGGCUCAGCUGGGACUGUCAGUCAGGCGGCUUUCCCAGCAGACCCCUCCCGCAGCAGCCUGGUCCUCCAGCUCUAUCUCGGCUGGAGCUUA